GCCCGGAGUAAAGGCUACCCUCGAGCUCAGACUGGGGCAAGGUCGGACCUCGGAACUGUCCUGGCUUCCUCGAGAGGUCAGGUGGCUUUCCGAAAGUUCCUAGCGGAGGAGGGAACAACGUUGAAAACCAAAGGCUAGGGCUGGGGAGAUAGCUCAGUAGAAUAAGCGUUUACCUGGCAAGCUCAAGGUUUUGAUUUUGAGCUCACCUUCCUACAAAGUGCCCCGCGGUGGAAGAUCGAUGAGGCCGACCAUCGGGGCCGCCGGCCCACACCUUUCUUCGGUGCUCUUGGGAAUUUAGGACGGUCCCUUGGGCGCUGGCUCCACCCCACUCCCGACUGGGGGCGCACCCGGAAGUGCCCCUAAGAAACCUGGAAGGGGCGCGUGGAGCUUCACCAUGGCUACGGCCGCGGCCCCGCGCCGCUUCUGCCGCUGCGCCUGCUUUUGCUCCGAGAAUCUGUACGUGGCGCGCUACGGGCUGCACCUGCGCUUCCGGGACGAGCGGCAGCUGCGCCGGGACUACGGCCCCGUGAGUGACCCCGCUGGCUCUCGGCAGAAGUGGGCAGAGGAUGAACGACGGAUUGUGCCCGAGAUUGCGUGCGCAGAUACGAGGACUCCCCCACCCACCCCGUGCCUCGGUUUCCCCAUCUUAAAGCCGUGGUUAGCCUCUCCGCCAUCCUGCGCAGCCGCGGCUGUGUCAGCACCGAGGACUUCCAGCAGCUCUUGGCGGAGCUUGAGCAGGAAGUGGAGCGGAGGCAGCGGCUGGGGCAGGAGUCGGCUGCCAGGAAAACCCUCAUUGCGAGCUCCUACAGCCCAGCACGGCCCAACAUCUACAGUACCCUGCAGGAUGCAGCUUUGGCGCCUGAGUUUCUGGCCGCAGUCCAGUACAGCGCAUCCCAGGGUGCAAACCUCAAGGGUCUCCUCCAGCGCCUGGAGACAGUGUCAGGUGCUGCUGCAUGAGCUAGGCCUGGAUGAGCCGCUGGUGACCCCACUGAGGGAGCGCUUCCUCCGGCCCCUGAUGGGGCUGCUGUACCCAGACUGUGGUGGGGCGCGGUUGGACAGCCAUCGAGCCUUCGUGGUCAAAUAUGCGCCAGGUCAGGAUCGGGAGCUGGGCUGCCACUACGAUAAUGCCGAGCUCACGCUUAACGUGGCCCUGGGCAAGGCCUUCACCGGGGGCGCCUUAUACUUCGGGGGCUUCUUUCAGGCACCCCCAGCCCUGACGCAGCCGCUGGAGGUGGAGCACAUGGUGGGCCGGGGUGUCCUGCACCGGGGUGGCCAGCUGCAUGGGGCUCGAGCCCUGAACACUGGUGAGCGCUGGAACCUUGUCAUCUGGCUCCGGGCCUCUGCUGUGCGCAACCGCCUCUGCCCCAUGUGCUGCCGUAAGCCGGACCUGGUGGAUGACGAGGGCUUUGGCGACGGCUUCACCCGGGAGGAUGCCCCCACGGUCGACGUGUGUGCGCUGACCUGAGCCUGGCUUGGCCCUCCAGCGUCACUAGGAGGGGCACAAUAAAUUCCCUAGUCCCCGCAGCCAUGGUGCUUGUGGGGUCAGCAAGGCUCA